AUGUCCACUCAUUUAGUGUCUACCACUGGCUUAAGAACGGGGAGGAGAACAUCGAUCACUCGACGCUCGAUUGUGAGCUCCCCAUCCACUCAGGCUAGCACAAUUCCAUCCAACAGCAGCUCUUCGGCUCCUAGCUCGCCUAUCAUAGCUUCUGUACUCCUCAACCGCUCCCCCAUUCUUACUACACUUCCCACACCUUUUGAACAGGCGUACUAUGAUUAUCAAGCCCGCAUUGGACGAGCAAUAUCCAACCCGUUUCCGCGAGAAUUCUACUUCAAGAAAGGUGCCAUUGCGGAGCGACAGUUCUUUGUUGAAGAAAGCCAAAGAGAAAAAGAGGCCUUUGGAGAAGGAUUUGGAGAAAGCCUACUGAAGGACCUGGAGGAGGAUAAAACUGGUUCGAUGAACCAGACAGAGGACGUCGUUGCGCUCCCUCGUGAGCACGAAUCUGAUCGAACAGGCGAUGUGAAAAAUUUGAACCGAAAGGGGGACAGGAACUUGUACCUUCUCGUAAAAGGACUCGAUAGUUGGAGACUGCCUCAAGGUCCCGCGAAGCAAGGGGCCGCACUACAUGCCACGGCUCUCGAGGAAUUACAUUCGGAAUGUGGACCAGAUAUGGACACUUGGAUUGUUGGCAGGCAUCCAAUUGGCGUGCAUCAGUCUUCUAAGUCAGGAUCAAGCACGAUUUUGUUCUUCAAAGCUCAUAUAUUUGCGGGCCAAGCGAAGCCCAACGGGACGUCCAUCAAAGAGUUCGCAUGGCUAACGACCGAAGAAAUAAAGGAAAAAGUUUCCCCAGAGUAUUGGACAUCCAUAUCCGAGAUGCUUUCGUCUCGCUAA